GCAGUUAUUUCAUUCAGUUUCAUACCGCAAAAUCUAGAGGCCAUACGGCCAUUCAGUGUUGAUGAUAUUUUUGUGUUAUUGUUUGCAGGCGCUGAUGUGAACGCAAAAACGGAGGAAACGCAAGAGACCGCAUUGACUCNGGAGGUUUGCGAGAUGCUCCUUAACGCUGGAGCUGACAUAGAAGUCAAUGGUGGUGGUUGUUCGACUCCUUUAAUGGAAGCUGCACAGGAGGGGCAUUUAGAGCUUGUCCGUCGCCUGUUAGAACGAGGAGCAGCAGUCAAGGCAGUCACUACCACGGGUGAUACUGCAUUGCAUUAUGCUGCUGAGAAUGGACAUGUCAAAGUUUGUAAACAGUUGUUAGAUUGGGGUGCUGAUUUGGGUGCAAUGACUGAGGGAGGAAGAACACCCUUGAUGAAAGCUGCCCGCAAUGGCAAUCUGGAAGUAGUUCAACUCUUUCUGGAGCACGGUGCCCCUAUCGAUCAGCCGACCUCUCAAAAUGAUGCCAACGCAUUAUCCCUCGCUUGUGCUGGUGGACAUGCCAAGGUCAGAUUUAUUGUUUAUGCUGAAGGACCACUAUUUUAUCUCUACUUAUUGCAACAUGGUGCUGAUCCCCAAUAUCAACUCAGAGAUGGAUCCACGAUGCUUAUUGAAGCUGCUCAACCCAUCGCUACCGUCAACAAUGUCCCUCCCUUGGUGGAUGUGAACGCGUGUAUCGAAUCUAGCAUGGAAACUGCGCUGACCCUAGCUAGUAACGGUGGCCACGUGGAGUUGGUGCGUCUUUUAUUGGAACGCGGUGCAGAUCGAGAACAUCGAGAUAAGAAGUCACACACUCCAUUACAUACUGCUGUUUAUGCUAAUCAAAGAGCCGUAGUUGCAUUGCUGCUGGAUUACGGGGCUGAUAUUGAAGCGCAGGUGGAUCGCACAAAAGAUACGGCGCUAUCGAUUGCCUGUUCCCAUGGGCGACUAGAGGUGAGUGGCUUUAAACAUGUUUUUGGAAUCUUCUUACGCCCCCGUAUAUUAAAAAAAUUUACUAUUAUUGUCGAAGAGCUUUUAAAUCGGGGUGCAAAUAAAGAACAUCGCAAUAUAUCCGAUUACACACCCUUGAGUUUGGCCGCUUCAGGGGGCUACGUCGAAGUCAUUCAGCUGUUACUGCGCCAUGGAGCUGAGAUCAACUCGCGUACUGGAUCCAAAUUAGGCAUUUCCCCGUUGAUGUUGGCUUCCAUGAAUGGCCACACGAAUGCAGUGCGUCUCCUUUUGGAGCAUGGAUCCGAUAUUAAUGCGCAUAUCGAAACGAACCGAAACACGGCACUCACACUUGCGUGCUUUCAAGGACGCGCUGAUGUGGUGCAACUCCUUGUGGAACGAAAAGCGAAUAUCGAACACCGUGCCAAAACUGGUCUAACACCACUUAUGGAAGCCGCUUCGGGCGAUUUCGUAGAGGUGGGCAUGAUUCUCCUCGAGCACGGAGCUGAUGUGAAUGCUUCACCCGUACCAAGCUCACGUGAUACAGCAUUGACGAUUGCCGCAGAUAAAGGAAACGCAAAAUUUGUCGAACUCCUCCUAGAGAAGCAGCGAGUGAAGACUUCUUCAGCAGAGGCUAUUCGAGACUCCUGGUCCUAUAAGGUUUCAGAAAAUACAAGGAAAAUGUAUUCAAUCACAUCCGACCGUAUUGCGACCUGCAGAAGUGAAUUUUUUGAUUGGAUUUUUGAUUAA